GGAUCUGAGGCCCACCUCACAAACAUUCACCUCCGUAGGCGGUGCUCGCCUACGUGCCUCGGCCAUUACCUACAAGAGCCAGUGGGUCGCUACGACGGAGGGAGGGAGAGUUCGUCACCGUGAGAGAGCCAGGGACACGGGACCGAGGAUUCGAUCGGAAGAGGAACAGCGGCCGAAGGCUGUCCCGACAGCGGGACCAAAGGGGCCUCCCGUGAGCGUGCGGGCGUGAGGGAAGGGAGGGAGGGAGUGAGAGCGUAGAGCGAUGGCAUCUUGAAGUCGGAACGAUCGCCGGGACGAGGUGGUCGAGGAGGAGGAGGGCGAGGGGGGAAACCUGGAGCAUUCGGGGAGGAGGAGAAAAAAACCCGGCGGCCAAUGUCAUUGCGUAGGGAGAUUCGGGGAUGAACAUUUCGAAUUUCUAGAUGCUAGAGGGAAGGAGGGACGAUCACUUGAGCGGGUCCAUGUUCGAGCGCUUGGGCGACCGAUUUUGGUGCUCUAUCGUGACGGGGAUCCUGUAAUGAGUGGAUUCGCUUGCAGCAUCUGAGUCAUUCUCCCGACCGUGAUCCACAUUCAUGCAACCUUUGCCCACUAAACAACCGAGUGCAGCAACUUUUGUUGCCGUCAUCUUCCUUGCUCUCGUCGCACCUUUUGUCGCCAUGGGUCGAGCUCCAUGUUGUGACAAGGCCAAUGUGAAAAAGGGUCCUUGGUCGCCCGAAGAGGAUGCCAAGCUCAAGUCUUUCAUCGAACACAAUGGCACAGGUGGCAAUUGGAUCACGCUGCCGAGCAAAGCAGGUCUGAAGCGCUGCGGAAAGAGCUGCAGACUCCGCUGGAUCAAUUAUUUGCGUCCCGACAUCAAACAUGGAAGCUUCACUGAAGAAGAAGAAAAGACAAUUUAUCGCCUCCACGCUCAAAUUGGCAGCAGAUGGUCCUUGAUCGCUGCUCAGCUGCCUGGGAGAACCGAUAACGAUAUCAAGAAUUACUGGAACACUCGGCUGAAGAAGAAGCUCCUGGAGAGAGCUAGUAAUAUGUGGUGCGGACGUCCGCACCACUCUUUCCAGAUUUAUCCCAUGAAUCAGCCGGCCAACGAUCAGAUGUCAAAUGCCGUGGGGAGAGAAGGCCUUCUGAAUUCUCAGUUUCUGCAUGCUCAGGCUUAUUAUCAGUACGUUCAGCAACAACAGCCGCAGUAUUAUCUUCCACAGCAGCAGCAGCAGCCACAACCCAUUCAGGAUCCGAGUCAAACCGUGCAGCUUCCAACCGUCCUUCAGCACCAGCUGCAUAUGAGAAGCAUAAAGAAUGAAUUGGUGGACGAGCAUCAACAACAGCAGGCUCCGACCGGGGGUGUCGUGGAGAGCGAAAGGCUGAGGGACAUCGAGAGCAGUUUGAGGAGUAUCGUGGACGAAUCGUCGUCGAGGACAUUUGAUGCCCGCCGAGCAUUCCAGCGUCUGCAUUGUCUGAGCAAUCGACUUCCUGCGAACGGGAAUCCGAUGUCGCCAGCGGCCGUGGCCACCUCUCACCACAACACCUCCCCGACCUCGUCAUGCAGUAAUCUGAGCUCCGACAGAAAUUCUUUCGGGGUUCAGCAGAUCGCUGACAGCGCAUUCAGCGACUCCGGGUACACCAUGUACGAGGAUCCAGCUGCUAGAGAGCCGUCCACCACCAUGCUGAACACGAGCAUUCUGGGGUCCGCAUCGCAGCAGCAGGUCGCUAGUCUGCCAGAUACGUCUACCCCUGAAUCGCUGCUGUCUACCUCCCGGUUCGAGGAUGGCGUUUUCGAUGAUCUGAGCAUGUACAACCGCUCUCAGGACCUAUCUGAGGUAGCGGUGGUGGAUCGAGCUCUGGGUACAGGUGGUGUGAAGGAAGAGUCUCAUCAGGCGAGUGGAGGAGGAUCGGCGGAUUGGUGGGCGAAUAUGGAUUUAGUCGCACCCCCCGGGCCCCUUAACCAGAAGUCCACCGUACUGGCGGCGAACUCGAUGAUGAGGUGGUCCAUUCCUACACCCCGAUGCGGGGCCGAGAACAUUUACAACUCGCCUCAGGCUCAACUUACUUCCCAGUCGCACGGCACGCAGCCUCUCGACGGUAUGAAUAGUUACAGCGAUUCUUUCCUGUCCAAAUUGAUCAGUUAAGGGAGGAAUGAAGGCCUGCUUGGUCUUGUUAAAUUUUCAGGGAAUCACCCUUGUUUAAAGCAGCAGGUAGCACGGCGAGGUUACGUUCUAGGUAGAAAUUCAACACUAGGUGCCGUGAAUCAGAACAUACAUGUUGUACAGAGAUAUUAUCAAGCUCCAAAGCUUAGGGUUCUUAGAUAUUCUUCAUAGCGCGGUGCCCGAUGCGGACGAAGCCUGUACCUUUCAGCGGAGAUUGGGCAGAAAUCCUCCGGGCUAUCAUUGUUUUACACUUGGUAGUAGACAAAAUUCUUUUUGCUAUUGCGGCUGCUACUAAUCCACACGUAGGAGGUACGGAAAGUAGCUAGACUUGCCACCUUCGGUGCCAUGUCGAGCUACUAAGCCAGGUAGCUAAAUCCUUCAGCUGAAAUUAUCUCGGCUCCUUUUGAUAAUAAAUGAUUUUGCUGCCAAUUUCAUAGGUGUCCG